UAUAUUUUGUAAUGAACUACAUAUCCUGGGUUAAGAGGUCAUUCAGUCUAAACACUAAAGGUUUAAAAAUUGUAAAUGAAGGAUUGUCAGUGGCAUUGCUUGCCUUUUUGGCAAAAUACAAAAUAUCAACUAUAAGAAAUAAAAAUGUAUUUGAGAGCCAUUGCUUAACUGUCACAGAGUGCUAUUUGCAUAGCAGAAAGGGUAUUAAGGUAGAGGUGACAGUUGUAGCCUAAAUUGUUACCAGUUCAUUCUGAUUAUUUUCUCAUCAGCACAAAAUUUUGUUAAUAAUUUUUUUUCUGAAUUCCAAAAAAUUUAGGUAAAUCCAAAGACCAUUCAUUUUAAUUACCAGUAAUGAUAUUCCAAAAAUCAUUCAGAGGAAAGAACUUUAAAAUUUGCAACUAUGAUCUCCAUUAUCAAAAUUUAAUGAUACAAUUAAAAAAAAUGGCAAGUUUCAUCUCCUUCACUAGGCAAGAUUCUGUGUAUUAAUUUGCAGGAUCAUCAGGCAAGUAUAACUUAAAUUGCUUCAGAAAUCAUUUCACUUAGUACUGCUUGUAUCAUUGGAUCCUUGAAAAAUGUCUGAUGGAGAAGAUUCACCAGUGGGGGCUGGAGGUGGUAACGCUCGUGAACGUCAGUGGUAUGGAUCCCUUGGGGCCACAAUGGGAGGGGCAGAUUCUCCGAGUGAAACACCAAGUAGCCCUGCUAAUUCAAACAUCCACACUAGCAAUGAAUACAUGGAAUUAGACGAACCAGAAAUGUUAGAUGAAAAGAAAGCAUUGCUUGAAGAGUUUGAAAGAAAGCGACGAGCACGUAUGAUCCACGUCACCACAGAUGAUAGUGAGGUAAAACAACAGCUGAGACAACUGGGAGAACCUAUAUGCCUUUUUGGUGAAGGUCCUGCUGACCGAAGAAAUCGAUUGAAGGAACUUCUCUCUAGACUAGGUGAGGAUGCUUUGAAAAAGACUGCAUCAGAUAAACAAGAAAAAGAAACCACAGAACACACACAAGAAAGCCCAGAGGAGACAUGGUAUCAUGAGGGACCCAAAGAACUCAGGGAUGCAAGAAUGUUUCUUGUAAAUUUCUCAAUACCUCGGGCAAGAGCCAGAUUAAAGCAAGAGCACUUAGAUAAUCAAAUUCCAGAGGCAACCCGUACUGCUAAGAGGCAAGAAAUACAGAAUAAAUUGAGAGCGUUUAGUCUUAUUGGCAGUCAAAAUGCAGACUCAAGACCCAUUUCUUAUUGCAGUUUCAGCCCUAAUGGAAAGCUCUUAUCAACUAGUUCCUGGAGUGGAUUAUGUAAAGUUUGGAAAGUUCCAGAAUGCACAGAAAUUCAGUCUUAUCAUGGACACAAUUGUUAUGUAGACUGUGUUGAGUGGCAUCCAUGUGCAACAUUGACUAUGGAAUCCACAGCUCUCAACUUAGUAUCAAGUGGUCGAGAUGGAAGUGUGCAGCUGUGGAGCUUGGACAGUGAUAUUCCUCUUGGAGAAUUACCAACCAUGGAAGCAAGAGUUUCAAGAGUCAGCUUCCAUCCAAGUGGGAGGUUUCUGGGGGCAUGUGUCCAUGAUAACAGUUGGCGGUUAUGGGACCUUGAGAUACAAGAAGAAGUUCUUUUUCAAGAAGGUCAUUCAAAACCAGUAUAUUGCCUUGGUUUUCAGUUUGAUGGCUCUUUGGCUGCCACUGGAGGAAUGGAUGCCUUCGGAAGAGUUUGGGAUUUAAGAACUGGCAAGUGUAUUAUGUUCUUGAGUGGACACCAGGAGCCAAUUUUGGCUGUUGACUGGUCACCUGAUGGUUAUCAUUUGGUAACAGGCAGUGAAGAUAAUUCAGCAAGAGUUUGGGAUGUUCGAGCACGCCGUUGUAUAUAUUCAAUCCCUUCUCACACAGGCAUUGUCACAGGUGCUCGGUAUGACAAGACUGGAGGGCAGUAUAUUGUAACAAGUUCAUAUGAUGGCUCUGUACGUGUUUGGUGUCAUGGCUCGUUCCAACCUCUCCGUGCCCUUGAAGGACAUGGCCAAAAGGUGAUGGGAGUUGAUAUCUCCCCAUUUGAUGGCAUUAUUGCAACAUGUUCAUUUGACAGGACAUUCAAGAUCUGGGGUCCCGACUGAGAAGUACAAAUGAAAUUUUGGUACUGUGAAUUUAAUUUUUAAUA